CUGAAAGAAUCCUCUCUCUUUUAUUCCCACCCAAAAAGUGCUGUUUAAUUUUCUCUACCACCAAACAAGUUUCCCGAAAAUGUCGACGAAAUAUUUGAUCACCGGAGCAAAUCGAGGCCUGGGCCGAGGUUUCGUCUCAGCCUACCUCAACCGCCCAAACAGUGUGGUGAUUGCGGCCGUCCGAAACCCAUCGGAAGAAUGUAUCAAAGAUCUUCAAUCUCUGCCCAAAGCGGCGACGAGCUCUCUGGUCGUGGUCAAGAUCGAUAGCUCAUCCGAGACCGACGCCGCGGCGGCCGUCGAGCAACUCCAGAACGAGCACGGGAUCACCGGUCUCGACGUCGUCAUCGCCAACGCCGGGAUGUCGCCUCAAAUGGCGCGCGUCGAGGCCGCGUCGCCCCCGGACCUGAACCAGGCGUUCCAAGUCAACGUCGUCGGUCCGACGGUCCUCUUCUCGGCCGUGGCACCUUUGCUGAAAGGAUCCCAAAAUAAGCCCAAAUUCGUCACCAUUAGCUCCGUCAUGGGAACCAUCGGGAGGAUGGAGCAGUACCCCAUGCCGGUCGCCAGCUACGGCAUGUCCAAGGCCGCCUUGAAUUACAUCACCAAAAAGAUUCACGUCGAGAAUGAACAUUUGAUUGCGUUUCCCGUUCAUCCUGGAUGGGUACAAACGGACAUGGGAAAUGCGGGUGCUAGGUUGGCAGGAGUCGAAAGGGCCCCGACCACCAUCGAGGAUUCUAUCUCUGGUUUGACAAAGUUGAUUGACGAAUCUACCCGAGACUCACAUUCUGGGAAAUUCUGGUCCUACGACGGUACCACGAUCGCAUGGUGAUGGACGGAUUUAGGGUUUUGUUCUCACACACAACUCACAUGCGCAUACAUCUCUCCCGCUAUUCUCUCCAAAGAUAGACGGUAAGAGUCUUUUUUUUC